AUCUCCAUAUCUCUUCUUUGUUAAUGCCAGGUUUUACGCCAUACCUUAAAAGAGUUUUCGCUUUGUUUAUUAGAAAACCGCGGCGCACGAGAUCUUCAUUUUACUCAGAUCGAUUUGCUAUAUUCUAGUGCUACCUCUGAAAGACCUCUUUGACGUUUUUGUUUUGAAUUAGAGACGCACGCAUCCUUUAACAUGUCGCUGAGUAGCAACAAGCGCAGUCGGGAGGAGGCAUUGCUUGAGGAUGAGGACGUAUGCGAAGAAAAAAGUGUUUUACGGAUACUUACUUAAUACACUCCUUACGGUUACGUCGUACAACUGUGUGUGUAUGUUCUUGUCUUCACACAGUAGAGCACAGCAAACGCAAACCUGUCUUGCUGUUGCUGAAUCUGCGAAAGAAAAUGAGCGAUAAUUGCAUCCAUAAAACACUUUUUCUCUUGGAUACGCGGUGGGCGACGAGGAGGAUGUUCUUGCUGGCGGGAUUCCAGAGGACCUGCCCGACGAAAUCGACGAAGAGGAGAUUCUGCGCAUGCUGGCGCAGGCCGACGAAGUGGAGGUCGAGCAGCUGACGGCGCAGACACUCAAGAAGACCAUCCUCACACUGGAGCGGAAACUUAAGGUGAACCAGGAGCUCCGCAUAUCGAAUGCAAAUAUUCUGUCUGGGUCCAUGAUAAUGCAAAGUUUGUUACGCAAGACAUACUAGACGAUGCCCCAUUGACAAGCUUACACUCAACAAUAGCUUGAUGAGAAAUAGGCAUUACGUUUGGUAGUUAUGCAAGACAGAUCGCAUCACAAGUUUGCACAUUUCCAGACUAGUUUGCACUGCAUACCGCAUUAAACACGCCGAGGACCCGGCCGCGUUCGCCGACAGCGAGAUCGAGCUAUAUGACCUGGUCAAACGUUACAAUCUCAAAGCGGGUGCAAUAGAAUCUGGGUUUUGUAUUGCAUGACGAGCAUGACAGACUCGGACAGCCUUGCGCUUUCUGCAAUACAUGUUGCGGUUUGGAACUCCGGAACUUGUCAUGCGCAAUCCUAUCAGAGUUGGCUAGAUCAUGCACUUCUUGCAUCACAUCAAAAUCCAGACUCUAUAUGCAACCAUUGAGAUUGUAACGUGUGAGCGAGUCAUACGCUAAACGAGCAGAUUCUGAAGUUGCGGGAGCUGUCGACCGCCCCGGAACUGUACGCCACGUUCCUGGAGUUGAAGGGCCUGCAGCUGCUGCUCAAGUGCAUGGCGCACGUGAACACGGACAUCGGGCUCUGCGUGCUGGAUGUGCUCAAUGCGCUCACGGAAACCGACAACUUUUCGGCCCCGCUCGCGGCAAAUAAUGAGCCGCCCAAGAACCUGCAGAACGGCGGGUCGUCCUCCUCCUCAAAGCCGCAGGAGACGGCGACCGACAGCCUCGAGGUGGGAGAGAAGUUUGUGGACGCGCUGGUCAAGGCAAAUGUGGGCGAGAUGGUCGUGGAGAUGCUGUUACUCAUUGCAAACGUAGGGGGAUCUUGGUCCUUGUUGGACAAUUUUGCAUGUACGAAGUUGUAGUAGUCACUACUAGCAUGUAUUGCAAAAGUUUGUGCUGCACUACUAGUGCAGCACAAAUUUUUGCAUAAGAGGACCUACUGGGACUUGCAUGUGCUAUUGCAGGAGUCGAGAAUAAGUAGAAAGAGUCACUUGACCUUGCCGAUGAACUUGUCUUGCUGGUGUGUCGCAAGUUGCACGACGCCGAUACUUUUGCACAGGAUAGCGGUUCAGGGUCGACGAAGCACAAUCAGAGGAAGACGCUAAGGGAAUAACUGACGCCUUCGGCUUAUGGAAGUGUCACCAGAAUCGAAAUUGACAAAAUCGAAAAACUUGUGAUGCACAAAAUCGAUGCCAAUUAGACCCACAGUUUGUAGUCGGCGCAUGACAAAUUCUCCUCGUCCUGGAAGCGAAUUUGUCAUGCGGUUUAGGGCAAAAGAGCUGCCUUCUGUCAUACUAGUCAGCAGCCCAACACCUAACCCUUACCAGGACUACAAUCGGCCUUCCUUGCAUCCUCUGCAAUAGAGUCGCUUUUUGCGUAGCAUUUUAUGCAUUACAGAUCAUUUCGAUUUUGUCGAUUUCGCUCCUGACACUCCCAUACGGUUUCAUCGAAAACCUCGUAGAAAUAAAACCAGACGCCAUUGCCGUGUUUGCUAAGGUACUAUACGUACUUACUACUCUAGGACCCUUUGUUGUGGACGCGGGAAGUGCUUCGUAAUUUUCCGUUGCUCUACUUUCUUGUAUUUUUCUCAUACUGUAGUUGUACGAGUACUAGUAGCACCAAGGCCACGGACGGUGUGUGACAAACUGGGGCCAGCAGUCAGGGGCGUAUUUGUACUUCUACUUUUUUUGGAUAGAGAUGCCUAUUUGUAUUUCGCACACUAUCAGAUCAAGAAGUUUCACACGUGGCUGCUGAAGCGUAUGGAUGUGUCAGAGUUGAAAUCGACAAAGUUGAAAUAAUUUGUCAUGCAUAAAAUGGAUGCCAGUUGGAGCCCAGUUUUCAAGUGGCGCAUGACAAAUUUCGGUGGUCCCUAAAUCCAGUCUGUCAUUCUGUUUAGGCAAAGAAGAGCGAUUUUCUCAUGCUACUUUAGCAGCUCGAGCUGUAGCCCCAAACAGGCUUACAAUCGGCCUCACUUGCCUGCGCUGCUGCACACGUGCCUCGGCUCGUGCAUUUUAUGCAUUACAAAUUAUUUCAACUUUGACGAUUUCAAACCUGGCGCUUCCAUAAAGCGGCUCCGGUCCGAGAAAGUGGACCAGAAUAAGGCGUACGCGAGCGAAAUUCUCGCCAUUGUAUUGCAGAAUAACACGGACGCGCUGGUAUGGUUUUGGACAACUCGCCCACGACCCCCUCGUCCGCUUCAUCAGCAUGUAGACAAGCAGGGCCUAUCGUGGUAUUAUCUUGGUGUCUACUGUACGCUUUGGCAGUAUAAUUCGCAUGACUAGUAUUUGACAGGUGCUGUCGUGAAGCACUCCAAGCCGCAGGAUGCUUGAGAAUUGGCCAAGCAGCGGCUCCACCUCUUUGAACGUGGUCUGUAUUACAGUAGACGCAGUUCAAAUCAGGGGGGCGGGGAGUUGGCCACGAUCAUAACCGGACAACUUCGGCGAUGGCGUGGAAAAGCUAUUGAAGGGCAUCGCCGUGUACCGUAAACGAGACCUAGAAGACAAUGUGGAAAUCGAAUACGCGGAGAACAUGUUCGACUGUCUAUGUAUCCAAACUGCAACAAGAAUUUGUCUGGGUCUAGUUUUCUGAAGAAAUGAGCUUGAACUUCGUUUUCUUGCUUAUAUGCCCCUGCUACCUACAUAGUUUGAAAUUGAAGAUAACGCUAGCAACGGAUUCCAGACACCACCCAAGCGCGACAUGCUUUUUUCGGCCUCAUUCCGCUGUAACCAUCGUAAUGAGAAGAUGAAAAAAUGAGAUGAUGCGACUUUCUGUUUUUUGCCCGAAUUGCUGUUGUACACCUCACCUGCUGCAUGCAUGUUGACAGAGUCGCCUCUAAUAUCUUCGUUGGAAUGUUGUCGGCGCGAAUUAUAUGUACAAUAUCUUAAACCCUAAACCCUAAAUCUAUAUCAAAUAUAAAAAACGGGUAAUUUUUGCAUACUUUUGCAUCGAGAUGAAGAUUUUCUUCCCACCCGACUGAGAUCGAUGUCUGUUGCAAAAAUGCAUACUUUGCCAGCUUUUGCUGCAGGCAAAACACCAGCAGGCUUUUUGCGAUGCGCAGGGCGCCGAGCUCAUGGUGCGAAUCAUGAACCGGGGCAGCUACGCGGCCAAACUUGCGGUCAAGCUGUGCGACAUGGCCUGCCGGGGACACAAGCAGAACUGUGACCUGUUCGUUAUGGCGCUCUCAACUGUUACAUUCUCAACUGUUACAUGAUUUGUCAUGCAAAAUUGCCUUGACUAUCAACGCCAUCGAGCUGCUUCGCAUGACAAAUUCCCAGACGGCCAAAGAGGCUGAGAAUCUGUGCCAAAUCUGUCAUGCAAGACGCGCAAGGUCCUUGCUUUCACUUUUACCAUUCUUGCAUCACAAAUUCAUGUAACAGUUCAGAAUGUAACGUUUGAGAACGCCAUAUUCGUGGAAAAACUCGGCCUCAAACCGCUGUUCGCCUUCUUCAUGCGCAAGGGGCUCAAGAAAAAGGUAAUAUUUUGCUAGAUCUAGAUAGAAGAAAACGAAUCAUGCCUCGUCCCACUCGAACUAUAAAUAAUAAUACUCCAACCUUCUGCACCAGGAAUCACUUUAGUGGUAGUGGUGCAUUUAUUAACGUCCCGUAAUGAUCUGUUCUACUUCUAAGUUGUUUCUGCGACGUCGGACCUGCAGAAGUAGCAGUAACAAAAAUGAGAAGACUAAUAUGAUGAAUGCGCUGGCCCUAGUACUUCUAGGGUAAAGCGACAUUCAUUCUCUCGCACCACAAAACGAAGUAGUUGUUCUAGCCGAGUCGUCUUAUAGCCUACUCCACUCCACCGAUUUCGAUUCCGCAAGACUUGUCGUGGAAAAGUUAAAGUAUAUCACACUCCUCAAAAGGAUUUCGCGGAGUCGGAGGAGUAUAUUCUCGGCUUGAUCCACAGCAUCUCGCGAUGGUGCUCCGGAAAUUGCCAGGCCCGGUUCUAUCGCGCGGAAAACUCUUAGCCACGAUUUCACAGUUCGCGCAAUAAAGAAUAAUCAUGAUAGAAGUAGAUUCAUCAUGUUGGUCUCAGCAUGAUUUGUUGAUGUCAGAUUUUCCGGUAACAAUUUGACCGGAUUAAUCAUUGAAUAUAAAAAAAUGCCUCUGGUGUAGUAGGGCAGGACCAGCAGCUGUGCUGCGGAAUAAUUUGCAGGCACCCGAGUGCGCAAUCACACUGCGCUGCCAAAAUAAAUCUGAGUGGUCCUGGUGCCACGCCUUGUCCUAUGUAUUGUAUAUUGAUGAAAAGGCACGGUCGUGUGUGUCAAUGCAAUGUUGCUAGAAGCAGGCACAGGAAAUGCUGCACAUGCAUUUGGUAGAGCCGAAAUUUGAAUUUGACUUUAUUGGGGAUGGUGGGGGGGGGCUACUUUUUUUCCUUGCAUCGCUUGAUGAAUAAGUUUACGGAGAAUGGGUUCGAAAAGCUGCAGCGACUGUUUGAAAUUCACGUCGAAUUUAGCCAGAGGCUCAAGUUGGCGGAUGAUCAGCGGCAGGAAGGCCGGCUACUCAUUGCAGAGGAGAUAUCACAAUGAACUUUUUUCAUUUGUGCUCGCACGACAGUGAGUCGUGCCACAUUCCUCAUCUCCAAGGAAAUCAAGGAAAUAUAUGAAAGUCUCGAUCUCCUCCACUGUUGUAUACGAUACCAAUGUUUUUUAACGAAGACUUAACGAGGCUGCAAGAGGUAGAAGUGUGCUGUUUUUUUUUUAUAUGACUUCAAGCCCAAAGCCAAAAAUUCGUGUUGAGCAUGAGAAAUGUGACGCGCUUGCAAUAUUUUUGUGCCUGAUAAGAAAUGGAGCUCGACGCCGAGGACAUUUAUCUGGAAAGGUAGAGCAAUGUCUUUUUUUAUUCGAUGUGGAAGUUUCCGAUAAAACCAGAUAUUUCUCAUCAAACAAGCACGAUACACGAUAGAAACAUGAAAGUUGUGCUUGCGAAGAUGACGCGGAAUGAAAAUCAAAAUUGAACUCUGUCCUUCAUGCUACUUACGCAUUCUCCGUUUUGAUGCAGGUGUGACGACGGUCUGGCUACCUUGCAGCAAGCCGACCUGAUCAUCGUGCGACUUGCCAACAUGGGAAAUCGGCAACUCGCAGAAGCGGUGCAGAGCCUGUUUGGCAUCAAGGGCGUACCAAAGGAGGAAUUCCGAGAGACGGUCGAGGAGUACUGUUCCCACCUCGACGAAGAGCUGGGCGCAAAAGAGAAAAAAGAAGUGCUCCGCUACCUGAAAGAGGUGGUGCCCGUGACGAAACAAGCCGGUACUGCAAAUAACGCGUGAAUAAAAAAGAAACUUCUUGUUCCAGUUCCUGCUUUCCGUAAAAAUAGCAAUGGGCAUCCUCGAGCUCGUUGUACUUGUAGCGACCACUAUCCUAUCGUCCAGAGGACGGUAUUAUAUUCGACUUGGAAAAUCUCGCCGAACAACACGUUGUACUGACUUUGCGCAAGCGACUACGCGUACUGAAAAGAAU